AUGAAGUUCCAAAUAGCUAUUGUAUUGUGUUUAUCAUUAAUUUCUGUUGUCUUUGGAAAGUAUGGAAGGAUCAUCGGCGGACAAAUUGCAGACAUUAGAGAAUAUCCAUAUAUGGCGAGCUUUAGAUUUACGGUUCCGAAUUUAACUUUUUGUGGUGGUGCGAUCAUCAGCCAUAAGCACAUUCUUACGGCGGCUCAUUGUCUUUUUAGAGAUGAACGACGCUUUCCUUCGAUGAGAAUCUAUUCGGGAGUAUCGAGUACACAUAGUAUCACUGGACCAUCGUAUGCAAUUGAUCACGUUAUUUUUCAUCCUAGUUUCACUGGAGUUGAGACAAAUGACGAAAUGAAUCACCAUGAUAUCUGUGUCGUAUGGAUAAAAGGCUACAUUCAGUUCAAUGAAUUUCAAAAUAAAGUUGAUUUACCAAUUCAAGAUGUUCACCACCUUGAUACAGGUGAUCUCGCAGGUUGGGGAAUGAAAUCAUUCCCAGUGGAAACGCCUCCUAAUCAAUUACAAAAAAUUAGAGUGACAAUUUUCCACAAUGAUUUUUGUGCCCACAUUAUUCCAGGCACACUUUUCAGUAAUCAAUUUUGUGGCUUACACAGUAAAGGAGUCGGACCCUGCUCUGGUGAUAGCGGCAGUCCAUUGGUUAGCAAUGGAAGAGUCGUUGGUAUCGUUUCAAUUACCAUUCCAUGUGCUCAAGGCAUACCUGAUUUAUAUACCAGAGUUUAUUCUUACGUCGAUUUCAUUAGAAGCGCUAUGAGUUUAUAA